AUGAUCAAAGGGAAUGAGAGUUCACCCUAUAUAAAACAAUCCACUAUCCACAAUCCAUAUGGCAUCUACAAGAUGAAAAGGCUUCUGGAGCCAACCCUGAGGAAAAAUCCGGGGCCAGACUCUCUAAGGCCUCUCAAGGUCGAGGGUGACCUGACGUCGGACCGCCUCGGCGCGGUGACCCGGCCGCUCGCCUCGCGCGGAGGAGCAGCGGCCGUUCCUCCGUCACCUCGCGCGUGCCCGGGCAGGAAGAACAGUAAGGACAGGAAGGACAGGAGGGACAGGAAGGACAGGAAGGACAGGAGGGACAGGAAGGACAGGAAGGACAGGAAGGACAGGAAGGACAGGAAGGGCAUCAGGGCAAAGUGCACACAUGGUCAGUAG